UGUUAUUUUUGGUGAAACACUCUAUUAUUACCUUCUUCCUUCGAACCCCAUUGUCUUCACCUCAAUUUAACUCUCCUCCACUCUGCUAAAAACCUUCAAAAUCAAUGGCAAAAAGUCAGAAAAUCUCUAUUCGAAGCCAAAAUCAAACCCAAAUGUGCAAUUCACAGUUGGAGAAACCAAAAUGGAAGAUGAAAUUAUCUUCCAAACAAGCCAAAAAUAGUCCUAUUUCGUACAGAAAAAUAUCAGCUAUGAAGGUUACUGCUAUGUUUUCUUUGAUCUUUGUAUGUUUUUAGAAUUUGGGUAUUAACUAGAAAUUUGGGUCAUACUGUAAUUUUUAUUAUUUUGGGUGUUUCAGAUUGUUCCUUUUUUUUGUAUGUCAUUCUUGAACUCUGAUGAAUUGAGGUUUCAAAAUUUCUAUGCUAGUGAUUUUUUAUAUGUUUUAUAGUUGAGGGUCCGUACCCCACUUGUAGAAUUACACUUGUUAUAUUGUUGUUAUUGUUGUAAAGUUAAGUAACAAACACUAGAAGUUCUAAUUACUAGAGAGAAAAAGAUAGAAACUUUAUUGGUUGAAUAAUACUAAUGUGACAUAUGUAUGCUAUAUUAUCAGAUAUGAAUGUUAUUCCUAUGUUUUCUUUAUAUCUUAACAUUGGAAUUUUGAUAUGUAUCUCUGUGGUUGGAGAGUUUUAUCGGAAACAGCCUCUCUACCUCCCAAGGUUGGGAUAAGGUUUACGUACACUCUAUCUUCCGGAGACCUCACUAAUGGGAUUAGACUGGCUAUGUUGAUGAGAAUUUUGGGUAAUGCUAGUAUAUUUUUUGGGGAGUUGCAGACUAUUCCCCAUUUUGAUGUUUCAGUUUCUGUAACUCUGAUGGUUUUCGGUUUCAACAGACUGUAGAAGCUCUAAUUACAAGAGCGACAAUCUAGUGUGACAUCUCUAUGCUGUAUAUUUAUCCUUUUUUUUUUCUUUUUUGGGAUUCUUAGUAUGUGUUUGGACAUCUUAGUUAAAGUUGAAAAAGAGGAUUUUUUGAAGUUGAAAAAUGGUGUCGAGAGGUUGAAGAUGUGUUUAGACAUGCAUUUCACUUGAAAAAAGUUGCGAGUGGGGAAAGAAUUUCACUUGAAAAACUAAUUAAAAGAUCAUAUUGAUUUUUUUUGUCUCUGAAGCUUAGCAUUUCGAUUUGUUCUCACUGUUUGAAUAUUUGAGUAUUAACUAGAAUUUGGGCCAUGCUGAUGCCGUAGUUUCUUGGGAGUUACAGAUAAUACACAUCUUGGUAUUUCAGUUCUAGAGCUCUGAUGAACUGGGAUUUUGCUAUGCUAGUGGAAAGAAUACCCAGCAGACACUGGAAGUUCAAUCCAGUUGAAAGAGGCAACUCUAUGCUGGCAUACAUUUUACUCAAUAGGAUUAGUGAUGUAAGGCAUAAACCCGCUUGCUUGUACUUCUCUUUUGAGUUUCGCUUUUAUUAUAUUAAAAUAAAGACAACUAGCCCUAGGCAACCUGCCUAGUAGAUUUGCUUUAAAAAAAGAGAAAAAAAGAAGGAUUCUUAAUCAUAGUAUUUCAAUAUAACUCCUAGUUUAGGAGGUUUACAGGUUUCUCCUUACGGAAGCGGAUGUGCAACAAUCAUGGUUUGAGUUAUCGGAUGUUGGGAUCCACACAAAUGGAUGAACUCCCUUGUUUUCGUAGCCUAUGUAUCCUCUACUAAGAUGCAAAGCAUUUGUCUCUUUUCAAACCUAAGCUGUUAUAUUAUGGUGGAAAAACCUCUCUUUCCAAUACACACAAUAGUGUAUUUAUAUGUUAUAAGUAGGAUUUGGGAGGAGAACAAGUUAAUGGACUCAACAACUACAACAACAUACCUAGUGUAAUCCCACCAAUCGGGUCUGGGGAGGGUGGUGUGUAUGCAAGCCUCACCCCUAACUUGUGAAGGCAGAUAAAUUGUUUUUGAAAAACCCUUGGCUCACGUAAAAAAUUCAAAGCGGGUUCAAACAUAAAAUACAAUAGCGAAAAAGGCAUGUUGAAAAUAAUAAAUAAAAGAACAUUGACAACAAUAUAUAGUAUGUCAAUCAAAGCAAAAUGAAGUAAUAAGUGGUAUUAAAACCGUAGAGAUAAUAGAAAAUAGUAAUAGCACAACUGGUAGGAGAAACUAGACAACGCUCGACUGCCAACUAACUUUCUACCCCAAUUUCCGAUCUUCAUACCUUUCUAUCUAGGGUCAUGUCCUCGGUAAGCUGCAUGAGUGUCAUGUCAUGUCUUAUCACCUCUUCCUAAUACCUCUAUGGCGUACCUCUACCUCUUCUCGAACCCCCCAAUAUCCAACCUCUCACACCUUCUCACUGGGCAUCAGGGCAUUUUUUCUUCACAUACCCGAAUCAUCUCAUUUUCGCUUUCCUCAUAUUGUCUACCACGUAGACUGCUUCCACCUUGUCCCGGAUAUCUUCGUUCCUAAUCAUAUGUCUCCUAGAAUGCCCGCACAUCUAUCUCAACAUCCUCAUUUCCACGACUCUCAUCUUCGGGAUGCAUGAGUUCUUGACCGGAACAUAGCUAGUCUAAUCACCACUCAAUAAAACAUUACCUUAAAGUCUUGACAACACAUUCUCACACAAGACACCCGAUGCGAGCUUCCUCUUCAUCCACCCAGUUCCAAUGUGAUGUGUAGCAUGAUUGUCAAUCUCUCCAUAUUCCUGAAUUAUUGAUCCAAGAUUCUUGAAACUUCUUCUCUUGAAGAUGACAACCUAAUGGACUAAUGGGAUAAUUAGCACCCCUUAUGGUGGACCCGACCCCACUUAGUGGGAUUUCACUCGGUAUGUUGUUGUUGUUGUAAGCUUUCUCCAAUAAAUCUAUGCAUCUGGACCUACUUUCAGUCUUCAGUGAGUGAAGGUUUGAUACUGCAGUUAAUCCAGUCAGAAGCUAAAUUAGAGUAUAGAAUGAGGCUAAAGAAGUUUGACAUACUUACUCCAUAAACAAAAGAAGAAGUUUGACAUACUAACUUUGUCAUAAUGCCUUACUGCUAAGUGUGCUAGAAUUUUUAGAGUCCCGAUACAUGUACUGAAAAGGGUAAAACCAAGAAAAAGAGAACAUAACUUCUAUCUGCAUUCCUGAUUUCUAUUGAGGAAUUAAUUACUCAAUAGAUGAUGACUGUUUGUUCAAAGUGGCUAGGAUUUUUUCCCUUAUCAUUUUUGUUGGACUUUAUUCUCAAACUUGUAAGCUUUUGGUAUUUCAAGAUGUAUCUGAGUAGUAGAACUGUUAUGAGUUGAACAUUCUUAGGAUGAUAUUUACUUAAUAUUAUUGAGAUUUUUCCUCCUAACUUAUCACUUUCAAGAAAGUAAAGCUUUUUAGAUACAAUACACGCAUUAUGCCCGGAACACUGACUUCAAAUUUUGGUGUGGAUAUUUUCUGUUACCAUGGAGUACCAUUUGACUAGUGAAUCAUGAAUUGGUUCAUCCACAUGAACACAAUGCACUAGCAAUUUUUCAUGUCAAAUGAAGCCAUUUAAACACUUGCCCCCCUUUCCCCAACAAACGAAGAAAAAGGAGACAAAUGGAAUAAUGGGGAUAAGUAGUGGAAUAGUGGAGAUAAGAUUAUGAGAAUACCAAAAUGAUUCUUUUCUUAUGACUUAGUUUCCAUAAAAAAUUAGAAGUAAUAGCAUAUAUUUUACAAACAUAUGGCUAUUGGGAGAUUGUAUUAAGUGUUUAUUUAGUUGUAAUAUAAAGGGUCAGAUUAUGAUUCCUGCCUUAGGAUGAUUUUCUGCAAAUCGAAGCCUGUAGAAGGAAAAUUUGGGAAAUGAACCCUUCUUAGAUGUACCCCAAGAGUUUUAUGUUUUACCCAACUUAAUAAUGCUGCCAUCUCAUUUAUUUGGUGAUGAGAGGGAAACACUUAUCUUGGAACUUCUACUACUAAAACUCAAAUGAAAGAUAAUUGAAGAACAUAUUUGUCUUUUGGUUUCUCUUAUAAUAGAGCUAUUCUAACUGAGGUAAGUCAUUCUAACUGCUAUGGACUUGUAUGUCAGCCCUAGACUAUUCUGGACCUCUAAAUUUAUUAUUUGCGCACUUUUUAUUUCGGAGGUUAAGAUUGCUGGGAAACUAGUAGAAUUUCUUGGCAUUUGAUCAUAUUCAAGUUUGUCAUCUGUGAUUUAUUUAAAAUUGAAAAAGGAUUUAUAAUUUGCUAGCUUCUACUUGGUGCAUUAUGUGGUGUCCAUUUGAUAACUGCUCUUCUUUGAUGUUUCUACAACAUUGUUCUUCCACAAGAAACUUUGUGGAAGUUAUUCACCUUUUCGAUUUUUUUCAAAUUACUUGAAAAUAUUUGUCUCUCCGGUGAACCAAAUCUUUAAGUAUUUUAGUUGUUAAAAACGGGAACUUUGUAAUGCCAAAGAUAGUAAGAUUCUGUAGAUUGAUGCUUUUGUUGAUUGUGGAGUGGAGCAUUUCGUUCGAAUUUUAUGUCAAAACAUUUCAAAAUUGAAUCUUUUGGUACACCAUUUGUGUAACUGGAUGCCUUUGUUUUACUUUAUGAGGUGCAAGACAAAAGUCUGAUUUAGGAUUUUAAGUUAGUGGGUGCAAAGUACCUCGAACUGCUCCUUUGUGCCAAUGGGUGCAAACUUAUUAUAAAUACAUAUCUUCUAAUGGUUUUUAGCUGUAUAGUAUGAGCGAUAGUAGUGAAUGUGCAUAUGACAUUGUUGCAUCCUCUAUGUGCUAGUCUAUAGAUCUGUUUCAGAUAUCCUCUUGAUUGGUCUCUUGCAAAUAUAGAAAGAUAUGCUUCAUUGCUGUAGUUAUAGACUUGUAGUUCAGCUUAAGCGCAAUUUUCAUUUGUUGGGUCUUAUAAUAUUUUUUUGAUACGGAAUGCAGCGUCUUUUAAUGUAAUCUUCUUUUUAAUAACAAAAGUUAAAAAUAAGGGGACAAGAUCUCUUUAUUAUAUACUUUUUGGACCCGAUAUAGAAGGGACUUGUAGAUCCUAUUCCUAAUACACAAAUAUCUGGUCAAAUUCUUACUAUUUUGCUCAUCUUGAAUAUCCCUUGUCGUAUUUUUUUUUACCUUCCCAGAGCUAGUUCAUUAAUCAGACAUUUACUGUUUGCUUGCUUUAAAUGGUUAACGAUUUUAAAAACAAAUAUGAACUGAUUAAUAAAGGAACAACAGGCACUAGAUUAAUUUUUCUCCACAAAGUAAUUUUUUGCUGUAUUAAUCUUGCUUAGUUAGCCAGUGACCGUUUCAAAGUCUUAUAUAUCUGUGAACUUUGGUUGCUUUCCUCCAUGUUGAUGUGCACCUUAACAUCUAGAUCAAAAAAUCGUUGCGGUCAUUCUGUUUGAGUGUGCCACCUGCCUGCUACCCUUAACAGUCGCUCACUACUGUAGUUAAAAUCAACAACAAUAACAUACCUAGUAAAAUCACAUAGAGUGGGGUCUGGGGAUGUUAGAGUGUAUGCAGUUACCCCUACCUCUUGGAGGUAGACUGUAGUUAAAUUAAUAGCUGAUUAAUGAAGUAGGAGUGUUGUGCCAUUUCUGUUAACCAAGUGUCAAGGGCAACAAAAAAUUAUAUAUAGAUGCACCAAAUAUUUAUGCUGGUCUUUGUCAUAUAUGGAAGUUAUCCAAUUUGGGAGAACUCUUCAGAAACUAUCCCUUUCGUGUCAAACCUUUCAUUGUGUAGAUCCAACAAAAUGAGCCUCAACCGAACAUGCAAUAGCUCCUUCUGGACCAAGGAGGAAGACAAAGCAUUUGAGAAUGCUUUGGCUGUAUUUUCUGGAGAUAGUGAUAAAUUUCUGAAGAUCGCUGCUGCUGUUCCUGGGAAAUCUCUUCAAGAAAUUAUAGAUCAUUAUAAUGUAUUAGUUGAAGAUAUUAAUGACAUAGAGUCUGGCAAAGUUCCGCUACCUAAAUAUGAGAGAAUGCAAAGUUCUUCUAGCUGCAGAAGUAGAUCAUCGGGAGCAGGGGUAGAACGGCGAAAAGGGCUUCCUUGGACUGCAGAGGAACACAGGUCAUUUCUCCAGGGGUUGGCAAAACACGGAAAGGGUGAUUGGCGGGGUAUAUCAAGGAACUUUGUGUUUUCUAGAACACCAACACAGGUGGCAAGCCAUGCCCAGAAGUACUACAGUCGAUUAAAUGACAAUAACGCAAAGAGGAGAAAAAGCAUUCAUGAUGUCACUAGUGUGGGUGCUGCUAAUAUUACUGAACCUUCACAAGGACAAAAAUCUGACGAGUUGACAGGACCUUGUGGAGGACAAUCUCAGUGGCCAAUUGCCGACUAUGUGACUGAAGCUUUCGACACAGGGAUGCUAUCUUUACCAGGGUCAGUUACAAACUGCACGACUGAUGCUAUUGAAGGACCAUCAGCUGUUAACCCCGAGAAAUUCCCACUUGUUGCUGCUCUUGGUAGUGAGUUGAAUAGUUCAUUUCCCGGUGUGGAUGAGUUCCUGCAAAGUGUAGAAGACCUAAUCAUUGUACCGGCAGAAGGCACCUCUGGAGUAUGCCAUGGGGUUGACACUAGGACAUCUCCAUCACUUAGCGUGCAACCAUCAGUUACUGGUGGCACCGGAAUGUACACUCAUCCAGUUUCAUUUCCCAACGUGCAUGAGUUCCUGCAAGAGGUAGAAGACCUAAUCACUGUACCGGUAGAGGGCACCUCUGGAGCAUGCCAUGGGAUUGACACUAGGACAUCUCCAUCACUUAGCUUGCAAUCAUCAGUUGCUGCUGGCACCAGAAUGUACACUCAUUCAGUCACUGUACCGGCAGAGGGCACCUCUGGAGUGAGGUGUGGAAUUGACACUAGAACAUCUCCAUCACUUAGCUUGCAACCAUCAGUUGCUGGUGGCACCAGAAUGUACCCUCAUCCAGUCAAUGUACUGGCAGAGGGCACCUCUGGAGCGAGCCAUGGGGUUGACACUAGGACAUCUCCUUCACUUAGCUUGCAACCAUCAGUUGCUGGUGGCUCUAGAAUAUACCCUCAUCCAGUCAAUGUACCGGCAGAGGGCAUCUCUGGAGUGAGCCUUGGGGUUGACACUAGGACAUCUCCAUCACUUAGCUUGCAACCAUCAGUUGGUGGUGGCACCGGAAUGUACACACAUCCAGUCACUGUACGGGCAGAGGGCACCUCUGGAGCGAGGCGUGGGGUUGACACUAGGACAUCUCCAUCACUUAGCUUGCAACCAUCAGUUGUUGGUGGCAUCGGAAUGUACACUCAUCCAAUCAUUGUACCGGCAGAGGGCACCUCUGGAACGAGGCGUGGGGUUGACACUAGGACAUCUCCAUCACUUAGCUUUCAACCAUCAGUUGGUGGUGGCACCGGAAUGUACACUCAUCCAGUCACUGUACUGGCAGAGGGCACCUCUGGAGUAAGGUGUGGGGUUGACACUAGGACAUCUCCAUCACUUGGCUUGCAACCAUCAGUUGCUGGUGGUACCAGAAUGUACACUCAUGCAGUCAAUAAUGUUGGGUAUGAUCUGGAAGAGCUAAUGACCAAGCAGUUGGUUGGAGCUAGUCAAGUAGGUCCUACCAUUAACACUGCAAGUUUGCCAUCACCAAUUGCUGAUCAUAUUGGACUCCAUGGUUGUACAACUUCUAGCAGUGUUGCUAAGAAUGGUUUUGUGAGUACCAUGGAAGCUCCUGGGGGAGGUUUUUCUGUUGAUUCCAUGCAGACACCAUCAAUUCCUGGCCAUAUUGGAGGUGGAACUUAUCCCUGUUGGGAACCUAGCAGCAAGGACGACAGUAUCUUUGAUCUGGAAGACCUAUACACAGAUCACAUGUUUGGUUUUCGCAAAUAAGAAUCUGUCAUUUAUAGUGGUAAAUCAUAACGUGUCCAUGGUUUCACUAGAACAACCACUGCUUUGUUACGGAUGAGCCAAUGCAGCUGGGGCCUAUUACUUCACAAACUCUCAUGCCAUUGCGCGUUCCUUGCCCUGCUUGUUCAUUUGCAGCAUCUUAUAUUGCCCCUUUCUAUCUUCAUGUCCUUCUAGAGAUGUCUCUCUUUGCAUAUCCAGUACUGGUUCUAUUUGUGUAUGUAGUGUAUGGAAUAACAAACUUUAUCAGUAGCUUAUGUACAUAGAACUACUCCCCAUCCCCCCUACCCCUACCCC